GUCAUUGUUAUAAUGAUCAUUUAUUAACUUCAUGGCUAAAACAAAAUGAUUAUUUGGAAAAUUUAACACAGUUUACUAUAAAUAAUGAAAUAAACAUAGUACAAGUAAAUGGCACAGCAGUAUAUAAUGAAGAGCACACUAGAGCAGUUUUACUGCCUUUAAGGUUUCAAUUUAAAACAUUUUUUGAACAUGGUAAUAAUUAUAAAAAAAUGUUGAAUAAUAUGAAUGAUUUAAAAACAAAUAAUACAGAUAAAAUAUCAAAUUUUAUACAAGGUAAACUUUGGAAACAAAAAAUUGUACCAUAUGAAGGAAAAAUUGUUUUUCCUUUUUUUUUAUAUGUUGAUGAUCUGGAAAUUAAUAAUCCUCUGGGCUCUCAUUCUAAAUUUCAAUCAAUUGCUGCAAUUUAUUAUAAUUUUCCGCUUCAUAAUAAUAAUUCUAUGCUGUCUAACAUAUUUUUAGCAUCUUUAGUUAAAUCAGUUGAUUUUAAAAUGUUUGGCAAUGAUAAAUGUUUAACUAAUUUAGUUAAUGAAAUUAAUUAUCUUGAAAAAGAUGGAAUAACUAUAACAACAGACGAUGGACAGUUGAAAAUAUAUUUCAUUCUUGGUUUAGUUUUAGGAGAUAAUCUUGGUGUCAACAGCAUUUUAGAAUUUAGUAAAUCUUUUUCAGCCAAAUUUUUUUGUCGUUUGUGUAAAGCACAUAAAGAACUUACUAAAGUUAUGUCUAUUGAAAACUCAUCAUUACUUAGAACUGUUGAUAAUUAUGAAAUAGACACAGCCAGUUUAAAUUUUAAAGAAUCUGAUAUUAUGCAUGAUAUUUUUGAAGGGGUGUGUCAUUAUAAUAUGUGUCAUAUACUCAAAUAUCUAACCAUUACAGUUCAAUUAUUUACUUUGGAUAAACUAAACAAUAGGAAAGAUAUAUUCAAUUAUGGUAGUUUAGAAGCUGGUAAUAUUUCACCACCUAUUCUUUCAACACAUAUAGAUUCUUUUCGAUUAAAAAUGUCAGCAAGAGAAAUGUGGACAUUUGUUCAUUUUUUUUCAUUGAUGGUAGGAGAUCUAGUACCAGAGGAUGAUGAGGUUUGGUUGUUUUAUUUAAACUUUUUAAAAAUAAUAGAUAUUUUAUUGAGUUAUUCUUUUUCUGAAAGUAAAAUUUCAUUGCUUACUGACUUGAUAAAACAGCACCAUGAAAAUUAUAUUUAUUUAUUUAAUGAUACCUUAAAACCAAAGCACCACUUGAUGGUGCAUUAUCCAAAAAUAAUUAAAGAGUCAGGGCCACUGAGACAUUUUUGGUGCUUUAGGUUUGAAGGUAAACAUAAAGAAUUUAAAACGUAUGCACGGGUUACUUCAUCUAGACGAAAUGUUACAUUAACGUUAGCUAAAAAAUUUCAAAUUAGAUUUGCAGGUUAUAUAAUGAAUUUAAAUAAACCUGACAUUAUAGCAUGUGAAAAACAUAUAUUAUUUAAUUCACUAUCAUUUGAAAAAGAAAUUUUAAUUAAAACUGGUAUGAAUCCAGCAGAUUAUAAAAUCUACAGAGAAGUACAAUUUAAUGGAAUUUCUUAUAAGUAUAAUUUAUACUUGAGCAAACACCUAAAUGGUUAUCUUUUUAAAAUAGAAGCUAUAGUUGUUGUAAAAAAUAUCAAUGUAUUAAUUUUAGCCAGAGAAAUUUUACUAAAUAAUUAUAAUCCACACUAUGCAGCUUAUGAAGUACCUAAAAACAUUAAUAUCCAAGAAUUCUCUAUACAUAAUAUCAAUGACUUUAGAGGACCACCAGUAAAUACAACAAACAUAUCAUCAGGAAAAGUGUUUAUUCGGUUAAAAGAAUAUUUUUAGACAUAUUAUUCAAAAUAAUUAAAAUAUUUUAAUAAUUUACUAUUUUUUCAAGUCAAACAAGGUUAAAUUCAAAUUAUUUUCUAAGGAUUGAAU